AUGAUAGGGAAGGAAACGGCAAUCUUACCUAGCAAUCUUGACAGGAAGGUAAUUUUCAUGGAAUUUGAUAUUAAAAUUUCACAGCUCUCGAAAAGUCCUCAGCGAAGUGUUCAUCCGGCCAAUCUUAGCGGUGAAGAUAAGUUGGAAUGCGUGUCGAAAUCAUUCCGAAUUACUGAUCCCAAUGGUGAGCUUCUAUUCUCCGCGAACAACGAACAUGUUGUCGUUGGAGCGAAGACUCUUAAGGUUACAGGCGUUGGAGGUGCAGUCUUUGAAGGUAGCAUCCAAACCCCCCUUGUCAGCUCGGAAGCAGCGCGUGAUUUAAGAUUAGAGUCAGCAACGCGUUCGCUAGAAGUGAGAGCGCCACACGGAAUAAACGUCGAGUCGUCAGCCGGCGAAAUCAGCGCCACCUGCCUAUCACAUAUGAAACUCACAAGCCGUGAUGGAGCAGUGACAAUUGAAUCGCGUAGAGUCUUUCUUAAAGGUCUCAGGACGGCUCUUCUCCCAGAACACGGCAGCUCGACCAAAUCAUCGGGAAAGCGCCAGGGUAAUACCAACAAGUCGGAAGGCAUUGCCGUUUAUCAGCUUUGUGCUUGUGCUAAUGGGCGACUUUUCCUUGCCCCUGCCGAGGGCAUCUGCCAGGCCGACAAAAGUCUUUGUUAAUGAACAGACUUCAUAACUCAAUGUUAAAGAGAGAGAAAAUGGACCAGAAAGUAUGUCGCAUUGGUUUAGUUGUCAAAUGAUAUGC